UGUUGGGGGUUACAGGGAGGAUUAGUGUUGGGGUUACAGGGUGUAUUAGUGUUGGGGUUACAGGGUGUGUUAGUGUUGGGGUUACAGGGUGUAUUAGUGUUGGGGUUACAGGGUGUGUUAGUGUUGGGGUUACAGGGUGUGUUAGUGUUGGGGUUACAGGGUGUAUUAGUGUUGGGGUUACAGGGAGGAUUAGUGUUGGGGUUACAGGGGUGUGUUAGUGUUGGGGUUACAGGGUGUGUUAGUGUUGGGGUUACAGGGUGUAUUAGUGUUGGGGUUACAGGGUGUGUUAGUGUUGGGGUUGCAGGGUGUAUUAGUGUUGGGGUUACAGGGUGUGUUAGUGUUGGGGUUACAGGGAGGAUUAGUGUUGGGGUUACAGGGGUGUGUUAGUGUUGGGGUUACAGGGAGGAUUAGUGUUGGGGUUACAGGGUGUGUUAGUGUUGGGGUUACGGGGGGG